UUAUGAAAGUUUUGUUUCAUUGUCUCAAUUCACUAAUCUUAUUGUGUAAUCAAAUGUCUUAUAAUUUCAUACAUGCUUGUAGGUAAAGAUGAACAAAGAAUGGGUGCAUCUGAAUAGGACGACCAAUGAAUACUUGAUUGGCAGGCGUGCAUUCAUCAGUAAUGCUUUAGAUGUUGCUGCCUUUCAAGGAAAAAUUAAGUGCCCCUGUCGGCGCUGUUGCAAUAUGUUUUAUCAUGAUCCAUUUGAAGUCGAUCAACACCUCUACGUCGAGGGUAUGGAUCCCCAUUACAUAGAUAUACCUUGGGUUGAACAUGGCGAACAGGUGUAUACGUCUGAUAAUAUAUCAAGUCCAACUACUGAAGCUCAUAAUGAAAGAAGCCCUGAAAAUUUCAUGGCAGCGAUGCUUCACGAUGUUUUCGGUAACCACGUGCAUAUGGAUGAGUCAGAUCAUGUUGGUGAAUCUUCUUUUGCUUGUGACGAAACAAUUGAUGUGCACCAAUUUGACAACAUUCUACGAGAAGCAGACGGAGAAUUAUAUCCAGGUAGUAGGAAGAAAAAGUUGGAUUUUGUGGUCAAAUUAUAUCAGUCAAAAUUGUUAUAUGGAAUGAGUGAUGCUGCAUUUGGUUCAGUGCUGGCACUAAUAAGAGAGCAUUUUCCUAUGUGCGAGACUCUUCCUCCAAAUUUGUACUAUACAAAGAAGAUUAUCCGGGCUUUGGGGUUGGAUUACCAGAACAUAGAUGCGUGUCGAAAUAAUUGCAUGCUAUUCUGGAAAGAGCAUGUAAAUGACAUCGUUUGUGCAAAGUGUGGCGCUAGUAGAUAUAAGCAAAGGAAGGCAAAUUCAGGAACGCUCGAAUGUACUAAGGUACCGAAAAAGGUUUUACGCUACUUUCCCAUAGGUCCUAGACUACAAAGGUUGUACAUGUCUCGUUACACAGCUGAGUCAAUGAUAUGGCAUUCAGAGAUUAGAACUGACGAUGGUGUUUUGAGGCACCCUGCCGAUUCUCCGGCUUGGAAGCAUUUGGAUAAUACAUAUCCAGAUUUUGCAAGGGAGUGUCGCAAUGUCCGUCUUGGGCUUGCAAGCGACGGAUUCAAUCCGUUUGGAAUGCAUGGCAAACCUCACAGCACAUGGCCUGUUUUAGUUGUAGUUUAUAAUCUUCCACCUUGGAUGUGCAUGAAACAACCUUAUAUCAUGAUGUCUCUUCUAAUUCCAGGGAAAAAAAGUCCUGGUGAUGCAAUUGAUGUUUUCCUGCAGCCGCUCAUUGAUGACUUGCGGCAUUUGUGGACGACAGGUUUGCAAACAUAUGAUACUCACCGUCAAGAAACUUUCACCAUGCGUGCUGCCUUGUUGUGGACUAUCAAUGACUUUCCUGCUUAUGCCAUGCUCUCAGGGUGGAGCACUAGUGGUGAGAAAGCUUGUCCGACUUGCGGUGAUGACACUAAUUCUUUAUGGCUUAAGCAUGGGAAAAAGUUUGCAUUCAUGGGACAUAGGCGAUGGCUCCCGAUGUCACACAGGUACCGAAGACAUAAAAAAACUUUUAAUGGAUCUCAAGAAUUUCGAAACCCCCCUAAACCAAGAACUGCCAUGGAUUGUUUAUUGGAAGUGACGGGAUUGACCUUCAGAUUUGGCAAGGGUGCAAAGGCAAGUGGUCGUAAGCGGGGGUGGAAUGAUGAUGGACACGUUGUCGGUCAGUGGACAAAAAAGACUAUAUUCUUUGAUUUGCCUUACUGGAAGGAUCUUCUACUGCGGCAUAACUUGGAUGUCAUGCAUAUAGAGAGAAAUGUAGCUGAAAAUGUUAUUGGCACUCUUUUGGAAAUUGAAGGGAAGAAUAAAGAUGGUAUUAGGGCAAGGGCUGAUCUCGUAGAGUUGGGCAUUAGGCAUGAUCUCCAUCCACGGGCAGAUGGUGCCCGUACAAAGCUGCCAGCGGCAGAAUACAAUAUGAAACCUGAGGAGAAAAGAAUGUUGUGCCAGGUUUUGGAAUCAAUUCGGGUGCCAGACAACUACUCUUCUAAUAUUAGCAACUAUGUUAAUAUUCAAGAAAAGAAGUUAAUUGGCUUGAAAAGCCACGAUUAUCAUAUGCUCCUACAGGUAUUCCUCCCUAUUGCAAUACGAAAAGUGUUACCGAAAUCGGUUGUUACAGUGUUGUUAGAGUUGAGCAGAUUUUUUCGCCACAUUUGUUCAAAAACUGGAACUGAAGAAUUAUUCAAUGGCUUGUCAAAAAACAUUGCCUUAACUCUAUGCCAUCUGGAGAAGUUAUUUCCGCCAUCAUUCUUUACCAUUAUGGUACACUUGAUAAUUCACCUUGCGGAUGAAGCUGCUGUUGCUGGUCCAGUCCCAUACCGAUGGAUGUACCCCAUUGAAAGGUAUCUACAUCUUCUAAAAUCGUAUGUGCGCAACAAGAGUCAGCCAGAAGGAUGUAUUGCAGUGGCUGUUAAUUUAGAUGAGUGUGUAUCAUUCUGCUCCAUGUACAUGGAUGACUCUAUUGUUACCCGUCGCAAUAGGCAUGGACGUAACUAUGAUGUUCAGCAAUGUGAUGCACGACAAGGGCUUCCUUUAUUUAGUAGCCAAGGCAAACCAGCAAGCGCUGUUGACACUGUUUUGCUAGAACGUCCGAGGUUUGAAAUGGCUCAUCGGUAUGUCCUAGUAAAUUGUCCUCAAAUGGCAGAAUACUUAAGGAGACAUAUGUCACAUGUAAUUUCUACUCGUGGCAGAAGAACUACUAUAUAUGAUGCAGAAAGAGAAGCUUUAGAUAGUUUCCCUCAAUGGUGUCGGGAUAAUGUACAUAUCAUAGGGGCAAAUGAUGAGGGAGUUAUUAAAGACGAUAUAUGUGCAUUGGCUGCUGGACCGAUGCAGUGGGUAAAUCGUUAUACCGCAUACAUCAUGAAUGGAAAUCGAUUUAAGGUUGCUUCUGCUGAUCGACAUGCACAAACCCAAAACAGUGGUGUUUUUUUAGCAUCUGAAGUUAGUAGUUUUGCUACUACGGUUGACAGGAAUCCAAGGUAUGGAGAUGUGGAUUAUUAUGGUGUUGUGACAGAUAUCAUUGAGUUAGAUUAUCACAAUGGUCGGAAGGUUAUACUGUUUGAUUGUGAUUGGUUUGAUGUCAAGAGCAAAAGGUUUCGUACUAAGAAGGAUGAGUUUGGGUUCACUUUGGUUAAUUGUGAACAUCAUUUACCAUCGGAUGACUCAUUCAUACUGGGGUCACAAGCAACGCAAGUGUUUUAUGUUCAAGAUCCUAUUGACACUGAGUGGUUUGUUGCUACAAAGACAAAGCCACGAGACGUUUACAACAUGCUCGAUACAGAUGUAGAAGACCCCAACACAGCUCAAGAUAUAGAAAACACAUUAGGGGAUGAUGAUAUAGUGCAAACAAGGCUAGAUGUUGCAGAAAUUGUUAUUGCAGAACGAUUAUCAGACUUGUAA